CAUACCCAUUACUUUCGUAACACUCUCUACUCACUACUCUCUUUUUUGUAGACUGCAAUUCGGACCAAUUCAACUGAGAAUACUUGGAAUAAUCACAUUCAAAUAUGGGAAAUUCAGUCUCUUCUUGUUUCAUUCCGCAAUUGAAUUCUAAAAAGAAAGCCAGAGUUAUUGACGCUGAAGGAAAUCUGAGGCGGGUUAAGCUCCCUGCAAAAGCGGGGGAGCUCAUGGUGGAGGAACCAGGCCACGUCGUCUCUAUGGUGGACCAGCUCCGGGUGACGAGACGCGUGUCCGCCGUGCGGGCUGACGAUGAGCUUUUGGCCGGAAAGGUUUACAUGUUGGUUCCAAUUUGCAGGGUGAAUUGCAGAGUUACGGAAGCGGAGAUGGAGAGGAUAGAAGCUGCCUGCUCUGAGAAGAAGAGGAAGGAAAUGUCGCGGAAAAAGAGAAGGGGUGGUAAGGUUUCACCAGCUGUGACGGGGCCGGAGGAAUUCAGGAAGGAAGAAGAUAGUAGAAAUGAAGUUUUGCGGACAAAGAUAGAAAUUCCCUGUUAUCGAAAGCGGCGGAAUUACGCCGCGGCGCCGUGGAGUCCGGGAUUGGAGACAAUUUCUGAAAAGUGAU